CAGUUGGACCACUUGAGGAGGGAGGAGGGGAAUGUUUUGGUGGGAAAUGGCUGAGGAGAAGCUGCUCAAGGCCUUGACUUGGUUUUCCCCACAGAGGCUGGGGAUAUUUUGCUCUGAGGUGGUGCUAGAGAUGCUCCUCCUCCUCCUCCUUCUUGGACCUGGUGUGUUUUUCUUAAAAAUAGAAUAAAAUCCCAUACCCUCAGUAUAAAGGGUGCCUCCUACAAAGCAGGGAUGAGGAACCUCUGUGUGGCCCUCCAGAUGUGGCCCCCAGGUCCUGUCAUCCCUGGCCAACAACAUCUGGCAGGCACCAGGUUCCCCACCUGCUGCCCUGUGGAGGUGGGAAGAAGCUGAAUGUUGGAAGAGUUAGGGCAGAGGAAAUAAACUCCUGAUUUGCGCAGUUCAGCUGUGGAACUCCCUGCCACAGUAGGCAGCGAGGGCCACCAACUUGCAUGGCUUCCGAAAGGGUUUUUAGACCAAUUUGCGGAGGGGGAGACAGCUAUGGAUGGCUGCUAGCCGCAACGGCUGAGCUGUGCUUCCCGGGUUGAAGGCAGCAAUGCUUCUGAAUCCCACUUGCAGGAAACUGCAGGAGAGGAAACGGGUCUUGCGUUCGAGUCCUGCUUGCGGGUUUCCCACUGAGGCCCCUGCUUGGCCACUGUGAGAACAGGAUCGUGGACUAGACGGUGGAUUAUAGUUUGGUCAUCAUUUGUUGUAAUUGUUAAGAGUGAAUUAUAGUUUAGUAAUCAUUUACGGUAAUUGUUAAGAGUGGAUUGUUAAGAGCUGAUAUUUUGAGAGUUGGUUUUAUUCUGCACUAUUAUAUCCCAAUGGAUUGUUGAAUGUUGCUUUAUUUGAUAUAAUCUCAAAGUUAGGUUUUUAUUAUGACUUUUUUGGUAUUGGAUCUGAUUGCUAUAAGAUGUGUGGUCUUUUGCUGGGUAUUUUCUUGUUUCCUCAGCUUGUAAACCACCUUGCGUAUAGUACGUGAUGUACAAAAUUUAAAUGAAAUGAAAUGAAAUUGGCCUGAUCCUGCGGCUCCUCUUAUGUUCUUAUGAAUGUGCUGCUGCUGGGAUGGGGGGCAGUUAAGGCUAUACCCUACUUUUCCGUGUAUAAGACUAGGGGUUUUUUUAUUUAAAAAUUAUGUUCAGAAUUGUGGGUUGUCUUAUACACGGAUACAGUUUUCCCCCAUUUUCUCAAUUUGGAGUCCCCCAAAAUAGGGUGUGUGUGUGUUACACACGAGAAAAUAUGGUAAUUGUAAAUGUAUUUUAAAACUUUUGUUGGAAGCCGCCCAGAGUGACUGGGGAAACCCAGCCGGAUGGGCGAGGUAUAAAUAAUAAAGUAUUAUUACCGUAUUUUUCUGUGUAUAAGACUAGGUUGUUUUUAUACCAAAAAAUUAGGUUUAAAAUUGGGGCUCAUCUUAUACAUAGGAGUGUUUUCUUAAUUUGGAGUCCCCAAAAAUAGGGGGCAUCUUAUGCAUGGGGGCGUCUUAAACACGGAAAAAUCCAGUAUUAUUAUUAUUAUUAUUAUUAAAAAUACUAGGACACUUCAUUUCCUUCAUUCCUUUCCCUUCCUCCAUGGGGCUUUCCCUUUGCACCUAAGCGACGGCACUCGAUUCUUUGCAGCUGAGCAACCAACAAAUCCUCAGGUGCUCUCAAGAUGCAAGUUUCAGCUGCCGGUGGCAUUUCCUUUGGCAACUGGAAGGCCUUGGGCCAAAUGUGUGCUAACCGGCCCUCCAGCUGCCAGCCUAGUGUCACGAUCUGGUUUAUGGGCGGUCGAAGUCCCGGCUGAGGACGUCGGGACCGGGGGCAAGACAGCGGGGUGGGAGCAGGAACGGGAGUCCGGAAGCCACGAGUCCGGAAGCCAAGGGUCUGAGGGUCAGAGAGCCGGGAGUCAAGAAGCCAAGGGUCCGAGGAUCAGGAAGCAAGGAGUCAAGAAGCCAAGGGUUUGAGGAUCCGGAAGCAAGGAAUCAAGAAGCCAAAGGUCCGAGGAUCAGGAAGCAAGGAGUUAAGAAGCCAAACUCAGCAAGGCAGGAAGUGUGUUGCUGUGGCAAAGAGCCAAAGGGAAAUGCUGACCUUAUAUCCCUUCCCGGCUCUUGCCACCAAGUGCUGUGAGUUACCAAGUGGCCUCACCUGUGUGGCCUCACCUUGCCUCUUCAGAACAAAUUUAGGAAAGCCCCAGUCCUGGGAAGCCCUACUGGUCACAGGGCCUGGCUCCUGCACGCACUCCUGACACCUAGAGGCAAAGUGGCGUGAACAAAGUAGGCUUGCGGCAACAGAACGUAGUAGCAGAAGAUGCAGACCUUUCUUCGAGGAAGACCUUUGGCUGGCUGGCCCUGCAGUCCUUUGUGCAGUUGGACUGCUGGAACAAAAGGAUUGAAGCAGUAUAACCAUGUAGAGGAUUAAGCUAUUGCAAUUUGUUCGCACAUGGGGCUUCCUUUCAAGAUUUCCUGGAAACUCCAAAACAGAUACUUGGCCAGUUCUUAAAGAGCUCUUACUCAGCGGCAGAGGAAGCCUCGUGGGCACCUGGGGUGGUGCACCCAUAGAGGUGGGGCAAACCACUCAUAGGGGCAUAGGGACGUGGCAUGGUGCCGAUAGGGACAUGGCGUGGUGCCCAUAGGAAUGGCCCAUCCUUUUGGGCACUCUGUGCGUCCCGCCCGCUGCCUCCCCCCCAGCUGUAGGGCAGCUGAGGCCCCACACCACGCCCCAUCCUUAUGGGCGCCGGGUGUCCCUAUUGGUGCGGUGGCGUUCCACCCACGGGGGCAGUCAGCGCAGUGAUGAUCCGCCCAAGGGGGAUUUUGUCAUGCCCCUCCCAGGGAUGAUACCCAGGGCAGACCGCCCACACUGCACCCCCUUUCUCCGCCACUGCUCUUACUGAGCUGCCCCUUCAUUUCAGGAAUCAGGGCUUGAUAAGUAUUUCUGAUAAGCCUUAAAUGGCUUGCCAGCUGAAAGACUGCUUCCUACCAUGCCAGCCUUCCCAAUCCUUAUUCCUAGUCCUUUUCUCUGUUAUCCUGAAGUACGUGAAAGUAAGGUAGGUACCCACUUAGAGUGAACAAGGCUCAGGCAGACACAGCUUUGGAGAAAAAGAAGGUGAGGUUUUAUUGCUGAGCAAUAAGGACCCAGUUGGAAUCUCUUCCAAAGAACUGGGACCCCGAGAAAGACAAAUCCUGAGGUCUUUAUACCUGAGCAAAUCACAGCAAAUCACAGAUCAUGAGACAGUCAUGAGACAGUCACGACGCCAGCGAAAAUUAGCCAAUUAGCAUGCUUCUUGCCAUGCUUACAGCUCCUGGUCAAGCGCAGAGUUCUACUCCCAACUUCUGCUUUCCGUUGUCUGCACAAAUGAUGCACAAUCUGACCUUUUCCCCAGUUCUGACAGAACAGGGAGUUUUGGAGUUUUUGUGGUUUGGCCCUUCCUGUUCUUGUGGAUUAUUUUAGCCUGCAUUUGAGGGGGAUUUUGUACCAGUGUCUCUGAUUCAUGUCUUCCCCUUUGUUCAGGGUACAAGGAUAUUUCUAGGUGAAAGGUCGGUUCUAAAGUUGCUGUUCCAAGCAGUUUGCAGUUAGCUAAGGCAAAAGCUUUCCUUUGAUUCAAAAUGGAUUAUAAAAAUACUGUAAGCCCUGAUUAUGUGUGAGCAUAUGUGAAUAUAUUGAUUACUGAUAACUGAUUAUAUGAAUAGCAUAAGGGUAGCCCUUCUUUCCUUGCCUCAAUCCCACCAUCUAUAGUCACACAUGUGGUGGCUGGAGCAGGCCAGGGCACACCAUCUGUGAUAAGUCUUCCUUGGGCAGGUCCAUCUUGCCCCCUCUGGUGUCAUUCUGGUGCCAUGCCUACAGUUGGCACCAGACAGUUUUAUUUGCCUUAGCUUUAACAAAAUAAACAAUCUAGCUAAGAUGGCUAUAGGUUUAUCUGUUCUGCUGAAUUUCACAGGCUGUUUUUAAUAGAUUUUUUUGCUGCUUACUUUUAUCUAUUCACUUGUUGAUUUUCAUGUUGUUGCUUUAAUUGCUAUCUCUUGUUUUAUCAUGCUGUUGUAAGCUGUCCUUCACUGAAAGGUGGCAUUAAAACAUUUUAAAUAAAAUUCAAAACUAAAUUUACAACUAAAUUUGGCUCUAAAGCAUCAGAAUGGGAAAGAAGAUAUUCCAUGGAUUGCAAAUGUUGAUUUCACUGUUCUGUUUCUUUAUAGGUUUUGUACAACCAACACAAAGAUACAUUUACUCUGAAGUAAUAGUGCCAAAGCGGCUGGAAUCAAGGGGUAGCAAAGUAAUUUUCCUUUUGAAUACCAUUUGAGUUGCUCCAGAUAUUUCUUAAAACUUAAUUUCUUAAAAAUGCAAUCAGUGAUCUAGUACUUACUAGACCAGAGCUUUCAAAACUUUUCAUGUUGGUGACACACUUUUAGACAUGCAUCAUAUCGUGACACAGUCAUUAUUAUUAGUAUUUAUUGAAUUUAUAUACCGCCCUAUACCUGGGGGUCUCAGUAAUUCAGUUUUACUAGCAAACCGGAGGUUCAAAUAAACCCUUUCCAGCUCCAGGAGGAACAUGAGGAGUGUCUACACGAUACACACACUGCAGCGUUGCGACACAUAGUUUGGAAAGCUCUGUACUAGAGUUUGGGGUGUGUGUGUGAUAUAUACUAUACUCAUACUCACACAUAUACAUAUCUUCUUUCUUCUUUGGUGAUCACUCAUAACCAAGUAAGUUUGUCUUCCAUAAACACGGUUUUAACAAUGAGUCCGUAAGUGACUGUGGAGGCCAAUUCUGGACCCACACGUCCUUCCACAGUGGGGACAUAGGCUUCUGGGCGGGAGUUGAUCACGGUGUAGAUUUGCCACGCGUGCCUUCCUCUUGGCACGUUCUCCCUUUCGUCCUGAGUUUGAGUGUCUUCAAAGCCCAUGACACCUUUGGUCAAGGCUGUUCUCCAAUUGGAGCGCUCGCAGGCAAGUAUUUCCCAAUUGUUGGUGUUUAUACUACAUUUAAAGGGACACGGGUGGCGCUGUGGGUAAAAACCUAGUGCCUAGGACUUGCUGAUCGUAAGAUCGGUGGUUCGAAUCCCCGCGGCGGGGUGAGAUCCCGUCGUUCGGUCCCAGCUCCUGCCUACCUAGCAGUUCGAAAGCACCCCUAAAUGCAAGUAGAUAAAUAGGUACCGCUUUAUAGCGGGAAGGUAACGGUGUUUCCGUGUAUGGCGCUGGUGCUGGCUCGCCAGCUGCAGCUUCGUCACGCUGGCCACGUGACCCGGAAGUGUCUUCGGACGGCGCCAGCUCCCGGCCUCUUAAGCGAGAUGAGCACACAACCCUAGAGUCGGACACAACUGGCCCGUACGGGCAGGGGUACCUUUACCUUUACCUUUAUACUACAUUUUAAAAGAUUUGCCUUGAGAAAGUCUUUAAACCUCUUUUGUUGACCACUGGCAUACAUGCAUACACACUGAUGGAGUUCAUUGCUUAUAGAAUAUUAUUUUUCUAUUUUAAUUGCUGGAUGGCUGUGAGUUAACAUUUACUAUACCUAUCUCCCCUGACACAGUCUCUAGUCUGACAUGACUUCACCUCCCUUUCAAAAAUCUUAUUGGAGAGUUUGGGAAAUCGUGCCUUGGCUGUUUCCAGGCCUGUUCUUCUUUAAAUCACAAUAGCAUAAUCUUGCUGAAACAAGUUUGGAGAAAGGAAGGGGGAACUAAAAUGAAUUCUUUUCUUCUCUGUACGAACACUAAUUUUUAAAAAGUAACAACAAAAGAUAAUCGGUGUCUGAUUUCCCUAUCAAAAUUUAUUGCUAGUUUUGACAUCAUUUGCUCCCAGAAUGUGGUACAUAGAGGUAUAGUCAGAACACUGAUAGACAUGAAUAGGUCUAAUCAAGUUUACAACCAACUGAUUUAUAUAAAUAAGUACAUAACUGUUAGAUUAAGCUUUUCUCAUAAGCUCCACCCUCUCCAAGCUUGAACACAUGAUAAAUUAAGAGUAAAUUCUCAGGGAGGAUGGUAAUGAGAAUUAAUUAACUGUUCUGUAUUCCCCCCCUUAUUUAACUUUAGACAGAUAUAUCUUAUAUUAUUAAAAUGGAAGAAAAUGACAGAGUUGUUCAUCUUAAACAGAGGUAAGUGCCUGCAUCCAUUGAUAAAUUGUUGAAUGUGCGACUUCUGACCCAAGAGGCAUUCCCUGUAGAUGUGGAAGACUACUCUCUUUUUUUCUUAUUAAGAUAUAAUAUAAGAAUAAGAUGUGAAAAUAGAAAUGAAAGUUUGAGCCCAUCGCUGAACAAAGUAACUUUCAGAGGAGUAGCUAUCUUAAUCCAUUGCAAUACUUUACCAUGCCUCAGAGAUUGCAACUAGCCAACUAUAAUUCUGCCAUUUAAUUUAUUUUAAAACUUUCAGAUCUUUUAUAACUGCAAAUAUGCCUAUUUAUACAUAUAAUGUGAAGGGAGACCGGAUUGCAGAUUAUCCAUAUAUUCAGGUAAAUUUUAUUCAUAUGCACCCCAAUAGUUUAAGGCAUUAGGAGACAUGUGCCCAUUUUUUUAAAAAAUGGGCAUGUGAAAAUGUAAUUUUUUUACGGUAAAUUCUGAAAGUUUAUGUAGAACUCAGGUAGAUUUAUUUUCAAUGUCUGGAGUAUCAAUACUUCUGGUUGAAACCCAAUAUCUUUUUCAAACUGUUCUGCAUUUUGCUCCUUUUACAUUUUUUAAUAUGUAAUUGUUUUUAACUGUUUUUAUAUAUGGAACUGUUUUAUAUAUAUCAUACUGUAAAUCGCUUCAAGAUGCCUCAUGAGAAGUGAUUCAGAAAUAAUAAUGUGUGGGUUUUAUGAUGAAUCACCUGGAUUUGUGCAGGAUGUCAAAGUUAUUAACCCUGAGCUGAGCAUGGUUCAAUCAUUUUGUCAAGCUGUUCUAUUCAACUUCAUUUGAUUUUUUCCCAAGGAUGUGUAUUUGGUCCUUGCAGGAUGACUGCUAUUACGGUGGAUAUGUAGAAGACGCCUUAGACUCUCAGGCCUUCCUCUCUACCUGCUUUGGGCUUUGGUAAUAAAGAUUUUGGGGUAGAACUGAAAGAGAGCUAUAUACCAUGAGCCUUAAGUUGUGAAUAAUUGUGCCUCUACAGCUAUUCUCAGAGUAGAUUUUAUGCAGACCUCCCUCUAGAAGAGUUGGGUAAAGCAACUGUCUAAGUUUAGUUUAAUUUUCAUAUCUUGUAUAUGCAAACACAAUGAUAAGGCACUGUGGAAAGCAGGCAGUUUUUGGGACCCAAGACAUACUUGUUAUACCUUCAAUUCUAAAUAUAUUAUACUUUCAAUUCUAAGUAGCAAAAUAACAUCAAUUCUUAAGGAGCUAUAUGAUGAAAUGAUUCAAAUUAUGAAUCUUCCAAGUACAUGGAAUGAAACCUCAUAGCAAUAUACAUAAAGUUGAAUGCCACAGGCUGUUCUCCAUCUUAAAUGUGGAUUAUAAAUUUUUGGUAAUUAUAACGGCAAACAGAUUAAGCUAUGUUAUAGGGCAGUACAUCAAUGAACAUCAAAGGGCUUUAUUAGGGAAAUAUCUCUCAAAGAUAAUAUACAAGCCAUGAUAAAUAUAUUAGACAAUGCAACCCAUACAGCAAAACCUACUGUUCUAUGCUUAGUGGGAACUCACCCAAGCUAAAAUUUGAUUGGGCCAGCCAGAUAAAUAUGAUCCAGGACCAUCAAUUGCCUUUCCCUGGCUUAAUGCAUUUGCUGAUUUGUUGACUCUAAGUCUGUCUUUUGGGUUUCCGCCCCAACCCCCCAGGGGACAUGUGCAAAUUGGGACUUUAUGCUAUGAAAUUGAACCUUUUGAGAACUCUUCCACAUUUCAACACCUUAUUUAUCGAAAGACUCCAGAGCACCUUGAACCGUGCAGAGGAAUAAUUGAAGAUGGAACAUAUUUAGGAAGUGAAGCUGGAGAAAUAAGAAUAGUUGACAGUGAUGGCCCAAUUCCUUCUGCCAUGGAAGUAAGUAGUUUUUGGUUUUGCUGAAUCUAUACAUUAAAUUGAUUUUAUGUACCAAAUGUGGCUUAAAUAGUCUAAGCCUAAGAUCCUUCUUACUUGUUUGGAGAUGUAGAAAGAGAUGUUCCUGACUGUUGGGGUGGGUAGAAGGGAAAUGGAAAAGCUCGGUUCCCACCAUCAAUUUUGAUAGUUUCAGCCAUUCCACAUUGCUGCUUGGUGGGAAAUAAUAAUAAUAAUAAUAAUAAUAAUAAUAAUAAUUUAUUAUUUAUGCCCCACCCAUCUGGCUGAGUUUCCCCAGCCACUCUGGGCGGCUGCCAAUCGAGUGUUAAAAACAAUACAGCAUUAAAUAUUAAAAACUUCCCUAAACAGGGCUGCCUUCAGAUGUCUUUUAAAGAUAGGAUAGCUGCUUAUUUCCUUCACAUUCCACAGGGUGGGCGCCACUACCGAGAAGGCCCUCUGUUUGGUUUCCUGUAACCUCACUUCUCGCAAUGAGGGAACUGCCGGAAGGCCCUCGGCACUGGACCUCAGUGUCCCGGCUGGAUGAUGGGGGGUGGAAACGCUCCUUCAUGUAUUCAGGACCGAGGCCGUUUAGGGCUUUAAAGGUCAGCACCAACACUUUGAAUUGUGCUCGGAAACAUCCUGGGAGCCAAUGCAGAUCUCUCAGGCCCGGUGUUAUGUGGUCCCGGCGGCCACUCCCAGUCACCAGUCUAGCUGCCACAUUCUGGAUUAAUUGCAGUUUCUGGGUCACCUUCAAAGGUAGCCCCACAUAGAGCGCAUUGCAGUAGUCCAAGCGGGAGAUAACCAGAGCAUGCACCACUCUGGCAAGACAGUCUGCGGGCAGGUAGGGUCUUAGUCUGCGUACCAGAUGGAGCUGAUAAACAGCUGCCCUGGACACAGAAUUAACCUGCACCUCCAUGGACAGCUGUGAGUCCAAAAUGACUCCCAGGCUGCGCACCUGGUCCUUCAGGGGCACAGUUACCCUAUUCAGGACCAGGGAAUCCCCCACACCCGCCCGCCCCCUGUCCCCCCAAAACAGUACUUCUGUCUUGUCGGGAUUCAACCUCAAUCCGUUAGCCGCCAUCCAUCCUCCAACCACCUCCAGGCACUCACACAGGACCUUCACCGCCUUCACUGGUUCCGAUUUAAAAGAGAGGUAGAGCUGGGUGUCAUCUGCAUAUUGAUGAACACCCAGCCCAAACCCCCUGAUGAUCUCUCCUAGCGGCUUCAUAUAGAUAUUAAAAAGAUAUUUUUAUUAGAAUAGAUAUUAGUGACAUCCUCUGUUGCUGAAUAUGGUGCUCUUUGAAAGAGAGUAGGGAUGGUAGUCUUGACCGGGAAGGAUGUGGAGUGUGAGCAGGGGCACCAACUUGCCCCCCACAUUGAGGGGGCCCGGCGUCACAUGACUUCAUAUGCACAACAUCAUGCGCUGGGUGGGAGGUGCCAGGGGGGCCGUUGCCCUGAGCGUGCAAUCUGGGGAGAUGCAAACCAGGCACCCCCUGCAGAGAUCCCCGUUGCACCCUGCCAGCGGCAGGGGCUGGAGAGCACGGAGAGUGAAGAUGACCCUCUGUGCCUGUCCCCCGCCGACACACAAGCGCUUGCCCAUUGGCAAUGGGGGAUGGGGAGCGUGGAGGGUGUGUUUGCAGGUGGGAGGCUGAUCUGUUUGGGGGGCCCUCAAUAUUGGGGGGCUUGGCCCCCUACCCACAAAUAUUAAGGGGGCGAAGCCCCUUUCACCCUGUAUAGUUGAUGCCUCUGAAUAUGAGAAAGGAGAAGAAGGGAGACUAUAGUGUAAGUUAGGGGCACAUUUGGUUAUUGUAUCUGCAGAAGAAACUUUUUGAAAGAGGAAGAUCUCUAACACUUAACAUACAAUGUUAAAAACAGCUUAAAACAACAGUUUAAAUGUUUUUAAACUUUUUAAUACUGCAUUUUCAAUUGUUGUAACCUGCCCUGGGAAUAUGAGUUAAGGGUAUGUAAUAAAUUAAAAUAAUAAUAUUAUUCAUUUCAAUCUAUUGUUGCGAUUUUGUUGUUGUAUACAAUUGUAUUUUUAUUGUAAGGGUGAUACUUAAGUUUGGUUCUGUGUAAGCCACCUAGAUAACUUCUCUUAUCAGGUUAUAAAUAACUAAACCAAUAAUUUUAACUAGGGUAAAGGAUGGAUGAAAUAGAAUUAUUGGGGUAAGAGCUUCUAGCUGAAUAAUGGGUAUAGUUGUUUAUUGUAAGGUUAAUUUUAGGUGAUAGGCCUGUUUAGGUUUCUUCUAAAGGAAUAUUCAUGGUACAUUUCUGCAAUGAAACUUUGUUUUAUGUAUAUUUUGUUUCAGCUAGAUGAUCUUGAAUAUGACCCGCCUGUCAGAUAUCUAGAAUAUUAUGCUGUUGUUGACAAAAGCACAGUAAAUGUUGCCAUAGUAAAUGUUGCCAUAUUUAUUUACUAGCAGCCUCAUAUUUGGUGUUGCUCAGGAAUUCUGAAACCAAAAAAUCAAUGCACUUUUUAAAGGUUUGAUGUCCACUGUCUUGAGUCAAAAUGUUGUCCAAUUGUAUCUAAACAUAGACAAAAACCUCCUAAUGCAAAAUUUUGUUAUAUAUUAAGAGGUGUUCAAAUGCAUAUCAAGCAGACCUUUCCACCUUAAAAUAUAUGGUAGGCUUAUUACCAUUGUUUAUAUCCUGCCAUUCAAGAUAUAAAUCAUGCCAAAGUGGCUUACAAGUAACAUAUGUAUAGUAAUACACAUGCACAUAUACAUACACUAAGUCAACAAACACCACUAUUGCCAUUAUGUGAACCAUCUUUUGAACACCACAACACACACGUAACUAGCUGUAAAGUACCAUAAACAUGAUAUGUAAUAAAACUGUAAUUUUAAUCAUCAUAUCAAAAGCACAGUUCCUGAUGGCAACAUAUCAUAUCUUCUAUAUGUACAGUGGUACCUCGGGUUACAGACGCUUCAGGUUACAUCCGCUUUAGGUUACAGACUCCGCUAACCCAGAAAUAGUACGUCGGGUUAAGAACUUUGCUUCAGGAUGAGAACAGAAAUUGUGUGGUGGCGGCGCAGCAGCAGCGGGAGGCCCCAUUAGCUAAAGUGGUAUCUCAGGUUAAGAACAGCUUCAGGUUAAGAACAGACUUCUGGAACGAAUUAAGUUCUUAUCCCGAGGUACGCCAUUUCAUUCUGAUAUCUUCCUUCUGCAUCAUCCUAUAUCUGAAAGUGUGACAAACGGAACUGAUUAGUAACAAACGGCAGCUAUUAGUAGGAUAGUUGUCAGGAUACACCCUUGUUUCGCCCAUUGGGCUUCUUCAGGGACAAGGUUUCCAGGAAAUUCCUCAGUGGGUUUUAGGGGUUGCUUCUAUAUAAGCAUAGCUUUAAUGGUUACAGUGGUGCCCCGCAAGACAAAUGCCUCGCAAGACGAAAAACUCGCUAGACGAAAGAGUUUUCCGUUUUUUGAGUCGUUCCGCCAGACGAAUUUCCCUAUGGGCUUGCUUCGCAAGACGAAACGUCUUGCGAGUUCUUGCGAGUUUGUUUCCUUUUUCUUAAAGCCACUAAGCCGCUAAGCCGUUAAUAGCCGCUAAGCCGUUAAUAGCCGUGCUUCGCAAGACGAAAAAACCGCAAGACGAAGAGACUCGCGAAACGGAUUAAUUUCGUCUUGUGAGGCACCACUGUAUUGACAUUGAGCAUCUUUGACCGGCAACUUCUGCGUUCCUGAGGACCACUUUCUACUUUCGGCUGGAAAAAACCCACUGAGGAAUUUCCUGGAAACUUUGUCGCUGAAGAAGCCUGAUGGGCGAAACAAGGGCGUGUCCUGAGAACUAUUCUACCAUUAGCUGCCUUUUGUUACCAAUCAGUUCUUUUUGUCACACUUUCAGACAUAGGACGAUGCAGAAGGUAGUUUUGCUUGUAACACUCUUAAGACGUAGGAUGAUACAGAAGGAAGAUAUCAUUAUGAAAUGGCAUUGGCAACAGGAACUGCAUUGUAAUCUUUGGACUUGACAAUCCUUGGACUGUACGAUACCAAUACAUAUAGAAGAUAUGAUAUGUUGCCAUCAGGAACUGUGCUUUUUGAUUAAAAAUUUGACGAUUAAAAUUACAGUUUUAUUACAUAUCAUGUUUAUGUUACUUUACAGCUAGUUACGUGUGUGUUGUGGUGUUCAUAUACAUACACUGACACAUACACCCACACCCACACCAAUCAACAUAAAUAUUACAGAUCUCUUUCAAGUUUGUUUUCAGGACUACAGACUUCCAGUUAAAACAUAUUGAGAGUUUGAGUUAUUAGGAUGUGUAUAGUUAUCCUUGGCUAGCUAAAUGGAAUAAUCAGGAUAGUUUAUUGGGGGGGGAAUUACAUUACUAAUUUCAAUAGUUGUUGAAAGAUGCAUAUAUCGCACACAUUUUUUUAUAUCGAUUGUAGUUUCUAAUAGUAUGGAGUAUUUGUAUUCAUUUAGAAUCUUAGGUUUAUGAAACUCUCAACAUACGAUAUUUUAAUGAAAAUUAUCCAAAGGGGUAUUAAUGAUGAGGAGGGAAUUUGAAUGCAUCUGAAGAACCCAAGUCAUAGCUAAACAUUUUGUCUUUCCUUUUCUCUCCUUUAGUUUAUUCUCAAUCAUCGCAAUGAAACUCAGUUAGUGUUGAUAAUGCUUCGUAUGAUCUCUGAUGUUCACAGCGUGAGUAUAUUUUAUAAGACCUUUUCUGUGAAUCUCAUGGAGAACUGAUUGCUGCCCCAAUAGAAAACAAAUCAGAUAUCCAAUAUUUUGGUUUAGCUUUGAUUGGGGAGUAGUGUGUCUACCCAGACACAAAUGGUAGCAGCAAACAGGGGUGUGUGGUCCGCCCCGGGUGUCAUCCCUGAGGGCGUGAAUAAAUGGCACACUGUGGGGGGCAGCACUUACCACCUGCAGCGUGCCAAAGCCACACGCCUCUUCUGGGAGUGAUGCGGUGGCUCAGGGCCCCACACUGCCUGAAACAGCAGUGUGGGGCUUGCGUCCGCCAGGCGGACUCGCCGCAGCACUUCCGUGCGCACCUUGCCCCGCCAAUGCCGCUCCGGGUGCCGGGGCAGCUAGCUACGCCCCUGGCAGCAAAGAUGGGUCUUAGGAUCUUUCUAAUUCACGUCUCAUUACACACAGAAAUGUGAUUUUCUUCUGGAUUUGUAGUUAGAAAUCUAGUUCAUCAGGUAGAGUUCUUAAUGGUUGUUUGGCCCUGACCCUGCAAAUAUUCUUGUGUUUUUUAAAAUCAAUUUAGUGGUGCCCUAGAAUUAUUUCUUAUCCUUAAACUUAUUGUUUAUAUUUUAUAGUAUUUUUAAAUAAUGUUUUUCUUUGCAUAUAGUAAGUGUAGCCUCAGGCCAUAUCCAGUCUAAAUAACAAACAGGUACACUUCCAGAAGAUUAGAAAAUUCAGGUGUGCCUUAAACUGGAGCUAACCUCUUUUAACUACAUUGUUUUCUCCAAAAGAAAGAUGUGAAACGGAAUGAUAACUGACCAGGGAGUCUCUAAUCCCUUUGUUUGUGAUUUCCUUUUCUUGAGAGAUUCAGUCAAAAAUGACCUAUUUGAAUUAUUGUGCCCCAGUAGUCUAAGCGUAAUGUUUUGUCCUUCCAUUUGUGCAAGUGGGAGGCACUUGGAGAGACAGCCUGUGAAGGUAGGGCACUUACUAUUUAUUAUUUCUCACUUUAUUUCAUACCAUGAAUUUUCAGUCGUGAAGGGCUGUUAAGGUAGCUUACAAAUAAGACCACAACAAAUAAUGUAAUAGAACAUAAUGCAAUAAAGAAUUUAUAGCAGUAAAAUAGCAUAAAAUAUACUGCAAACAAACACUUAAAAAGCAACAGCAUUAUAAAAACAGAACAGCAUCAGCAUUCAAAUUAUUGAGGGAUUAGGGUGAUUUAGAGUACCACUAUCAGGUUUUUUGGAAGAGAAGGGUUUAACAAAGAAAAAGAAAAAAAAGACACAAGACUACAGAGAUUAACCCCAAAAGGGAAUUUGAAGACAAGGGGAAAAUACUACAAAGCAUCAAUCUCUGAACCAUUGUUAGAAAUAUAAAUUGGGAAAGCUAUCUUUGAAAGAGUGGGGGUGAAUGAGACAGACAGAGAGAGAGAAUGAAUUGGAAAGCGAGGAAGGAAAUGUGAGGGGAGAGAGACAAAGAGAUAAGGGGGAUUGUUACCUGUCCCUAAUCUGUUGAAACAAAUGAAGUACGGUAAGUAUGCUUGGCAGCAUAUUACAUGCAAAAAUUGGACCAGCUGUUCUCAGGCUUUAGUAGGGCAACCAGAAGCAGAAGGACUGGGAGCAUAGGUGUAGCCAGGAUUUUUGUUGGGGGGGGGGACUUUGUUGGGGGCGGCAGAACCAAUGUGAUUGGUCAGUUAGUUAAAUAUUUUUAUUGUUUUACUUGAUAUAGGGGGUCAGCUGCCCCCCUCUGCCCCCCCAGCUAUGCCCAUGACUGGGAGAGCAGGCAACCCCAAACCACAGUAGGAUUUUCAGUGGGCAUGACUGCAGGGUGUACACCCAGCUAGAAGUUCCAAGAGUCAAUCAAGCAGAUUGCUCUUAAUAAUACAUCAAAUACAGGAGUCCAAAAACAAUUAUAACUUUAGGAAAACAAAAGUAUAUUAAAAUUGUCUGCUGUAAAAGAAGGUCCACUGGAUUCAAAUGGGUUGAAAGUGCCAGGGAUGAUUUCUGAAAAUUGUUAUAAAGUAUAAAUUGUUAUACAGUGGUGCCUCGCAAGACGAAAUUAAUCUGUUCCGCGAGUCUCUUCGUCUUGCGGUUUUCUCGUCUUGUGAAGCACGGCUAUUAGCGGCUUAGCGGCUAUUAGCGGCUUAGCGGCUUAGCGGCUAUUAACGGCUUAGCGGCUUAGUGGCUUUAAGAAAAAGGAAACAAACUCGCAAGAACUCGCAAGACGUUUCGUCUUGCGAAGCAAGCCCAUAGGGAAAUUCGUCUUGCGGAACGACUCAAAAAACGGAAAACUCUUUCGUCUAGCGAGUUUUUCGUCUUGCGAGGCAUUCGUCUUGCGGGGCACCACUGUAUAAGGUUUUGGUAUACUUCAUUGAAAACUGGCAGAGUGGUGCCUUCAUAGAAAUGUAGAGUUGGAAGGGACCCAAAGGGUCAUUUAGUUCAAGCCCUAAUGUCCCAUUUCCUUGACACCCGAAUGCAAACAAGACAUUGUUCUGCAGCAUCCAAGUGCUGUGACAUUUGUAUCGAUGUAGAAAUUGAGGGGUUUAACUUAUUCAAAAGGAAUAUACCAAACAUGAAGGGAAGAAGAGUAGCAUUAUAUGUAAAGGUGUAGACUUGAGAAGCAAUUCAUGACUUGGAACCUGCAUGGAAGGCAGGUUGAGAGUGCAUAGGUAAAAACUGUAGGAGAGGGAAAUCGUGGUGUUACUGUGGGUGUCUGCUGUAGAAUUCAAGCCAGGCUAAAACUUAGAUGAUGCCUUCCUAGAGCAGAUUACCAAACAUUCAAAAAGGAGAGAGAUAGCAGUCAUGGGAGACUUCAAGUACCCCAAUAUCUGUUGGAACUCAGACUUUGCCAAGAAUGUAAGGUCCAACAAAUUCCUCCAUUGCCUUGCUUACAAUUUCCUUUCCCAGAAGGUGGAUAAGCAACAAGGGGAUAAUCUCUCAUGGACCUGGUCCUCACCAACAAGAAGGAACUGCUGGACAAAGUGGAAGUCCUGGGAACCUUGGGAGGAAGUGAUAAUGUUCUCUUCAGUUUCAUUAUACAGAGGCAAGAGAAAACUGAGUGUAGUUGGGGAUGCACUGGCAGAUGGAGAUCCAACCUCUGCUUAAAAAAUCUCCAAUGAAGGAGAGUCCACCACCUCCUGAGGGAGUCCGUUCCACUGUCAAGCUACUCUUACUGUCAGAAAGUUCUUCCUGAUGUUUAGUGGGAAUCUCCUUUCUUGUAACUUGAGUAAGAGUUGUUCUUUCUUCCGGGUUGGUGCCUCCGGUAAUGGCGGAAUUCCUCUGAUCGGGAGGAAUUUGCCCCGUGGGAAUUUGGGUCUGGCCACCAUGGCGAAGGUGGAGACCCGCAAAAAAUCACAGGCGGAAGAAGCCUGUGAACGUGGGAUUCGGCGGGCACCCUUUGCGCCUCCCCUACUCGCGGGGAAACCCAGUUUCGGGGGUCCGGAGCGACGUGGGGUGAGCGGCGCGGUGCUUUGAAUCAUCUGCUUCUUCCACGGAGCGAAGACGCAUAGCUGUUGCCGGAGAGCGCUGACUUUUUCCUGUGGACAAUUUGACUUUAAAGUAAUUACACGUGAGUAGAGCUGAAGUGGGAGAAUUGGAUUUCUAAACGUUUAAUUUGGUAUUGUAACGGGGAGGCUCAAUACAGGAAGUCCGCCUUCCCCUUUUGUAAAUAGACUGAAGCAAUGAGGCUGCAAGCUGAAGCCUUGGAAAGCCUUUUGUAAAAGACUAAAUUUCAAUCGGUAAAGAACAUUAAACCCCCCCUUGGAGGCAGGAGAAGAGGGGGGGGAGUUGUGGACUGAGUAUGCCUGCAGGAGAGAGCGAAGAGAGCUAAAAUACCGCUGCUCUGACCCUGGAAACGGGCUGCUAGCAGGACUGACGUCUUUUGGAAUGUUCAUUGACAGCGUUUAGAACGUUCAUUGACAGCUAGCUAAAUAAGAGAAAUACAUUGUUUCUACUGUCUCCGGUUGCUUCUAAAAAGGAGUAAAAGUAACUGAAAAACUGAAACUAACUUUGGAUUGUUUGAACUGUGUUUAAAAGAGGACAUUACUGACUAAUAUAAAUAGAAACUGUUUCCCCCUAGUGGAAGCCUUUGAAACUGGUUGCUUUAUAAGAGCUGGGUUGGGGAAAUUUCCAGCUGCAAGAUAAAAAACUGUGAGACUCUGGGACUGACCUUGAAUCUUUUAAGUGUUAUGGCAAAUGGGAAGGAAAAAACAGACCAGUCAACUGCUGAAAAAACAUUAAGGUCUGGGAGGACUUGGCACCAACCCAGGAGAGGCUCAACAUCAGGCCCCCCUGCUUCUUCUUCUGCUGCUUCUGUACCAGUAUAUUCGAAACCAAGAGGAAUGUCGACAGAAGAGGCCUUAGCGGUUGCAUUAAAUAAGAUAAAUGAUUCACUGGAACAGCUUAACAAGAAAGCAGAUGCGACAAAUGCGAAAGUGGAUGUUGCAACCAUUAAAAUCGACCUAAAUACAGAAAGUAUAAAUAAUCUGGGACAAAAGGUGAAUACCAAUACAGAAACCAUCCAGAAAUUGAUACAGGAAUCUACUUUGAUAUGGCAGACUGCGGAGGAAGCCAGGGAGAAAGCCGUUGCUGCUGAAUGUAAAGUAACACAACUGGAGAGAGCGAGAGUCCCAGCCCUACAGAGGCAACUUGAUGAACAUAAGUUGACGCUUGCUAUGAUUGAACUUAAAGAAAAACAGACGAAUCUGAGGAUCAGAGCCCUACCUGAAUUGGAGAAGGAAAGUUUGACAGACUUUCUCACACAGGAAUUUGCAGACUUUUGGGACUUGGACUUGGGUCAAGAAGAGUUUAGAAUUGUGAGGGCCUUCAGACUUGGAAGAGGAGGGAAAAAGAGAAGAAUAGAAUAAGAGACUGCUUGAUCACCCUUCGAACUAAAGAAGAGAGAGAUAGAAUCUUGGGUUGGCAUUACCAGAAGAACCUAGAAGUACAACAGUCAAGAGUGGAAAUUUUUAAAGACGUCCCGAAAUAUCUUUUGGAUCUUAGGCCUAACUACGGAGAUAUUGUUGCCCUGCUGAGAAGGAACAAAAUCAUCUUUAGGUGGGAAUUCCCCCAAGGUCUAUCCUUCAGUUUCAAAGGAAGGAAAAUAAAAAUAAGAUCAGUAGAAGAUAAAGUUUUUUGCAUAAAUACGAAGAAGAUCUGCAGAAGGGACUUGGAAAAGAGCCAGGAGCAUCGGAAAGAAGAUCAUCAGAUAGAGGACUAGAGCAAAAAGCAUCGAAAGAUCACCAAACAGGGAAUAUUGGAUAUAUCAGCAUUAUCCUUUGGAUUGGAUCUCCCAGUGAACGUGUCACCACUACCACCAACAGAAGAAGAGCAAGCAUUGGGUGCAGUUGGAGGAAUAUCAGUGUAAUUACAUGAUGGCGUUGCAGGUUUUGAGCUGGAAUGUGAAUGGAUUAAAUUCCCCAGAAAAAAGGCGGAGAGUCUUUCAUUUAUUGAAAAAAGAACAUUUGGACUUGAUUUGUUUACAAGAAACACAUGUGAUAAGGCUACACAGGAAGAUAUUGAGUAAUAAAAGACUGGGCCAAGAAUUUAUCUCAUCAGAUAAAGUUAAAAAAAGAGGAGUGGUCCUUUAUGCAAAGGAGAGCCUAUCACCGAAAUUCAUAUUCAAAGAUGACCAAGGAAGAUUUGUUGCAAUUGAAAUUCAAUCACAAGGAGAGAAAUUUCUGAUUGUAGGUAUUUAUGCACCAAAUGAAGGAAAAUCGGAGUUCUUUAAGAAGCUACACGAGACUCUGAUGGAUUAUAUGGACUAUAAUAUGAUCUUGAUGGGAGAUAUGAAUGGAGUGGUGUCUACAAAUAUGGACAAGGCACAGAGACAGGUAGUCACCAAAGAUGGUAGACUACCAAAAACCUUUUUUGACAUGACUGAAAAUAUGGACUUAGUUGACAUUUGGAGAAUGAAGAACCCUCUGGGAAGAGAGGGAACUUUCUUCUCUGAGGCUAAAAUGACAUGGACAAGAAUUGACCAAAUCUGGGUAACUAGGAGAUUGGCUCUGAAGAUCAGUAAAGUGGAGAUUUGCCCCAAAACUUGUUCCGACCAUAAUGCUGUGAAGAUGGAAAUGAAAUUGACGCCAAUUGGUUCCUUUAGAUGGAGGGUGACCAAGAAGGCCAAAAAAACUCUAAGAGAUUAUUUCGAGAUAAACAUGAAUACUACAGUGGAAAAAAGAGUAAUUUGGGUUAUGAGAGGAUUCCUAAUACAAUUAAUUUGGGUUAUGAGAGGAUUCCUAAUACAACAGAAUGCAAUUAAGAAGAGAACUCAGAAUGAAAAAAAGGAUAAAAUCCUGGGGAAAAUAAAGGAAGGAGAGAAGAAAUUGAGAGCAAAACCAAAGUCACAGGAGAUCCUGAAAGAGAUAAAGUUAUACCAAGUACAAUAUACUGAAGCUGAUGAAUCAGGAAAUAGAAUGGAAGAUUAAACAGAUGAGGCAAAAGACAUUUGAAUCGGCAAAUAAGUGUGGAAAAUUGUUGGCCUGGCAAAUGAAAAAAAGACAAAAACUCAAUACUAUUACGAAUUUGGAAGUGGAAGGAAAGAAUAUACAGAAUCCAGUGGAGAUCAGGAAGUGUUUUCAGAGGUAUUUCAAACAACUUUAUACACAGGAGAAGCAGAAAGAAAUGGACAUUGAUCGAUUUUUGAAAAUAAAUGGACUACACAAAAUCUCUCAGGAAAAACAGCUAAUGUUGAAUUACAAAAUAACGGAUCAGGAGGUGGAAGGGGCCAUCCAGAACAUGCAAUUAGGUGAAUCUCCAGGACCAGAUGGUUUGACUUCAAGAUAUUACAGAUCUUUGAAAGAAUGGUUAAUACAACCAUUGAAGGAAGUCUGCAAUGAAAUAUUGGAAGGGAGAAAGGCACCAGAGUCGUGGAAGGAAGCUUACAUUACACUUAUACCGAAAACAGAGACUGAAAAGACACAGCUCAAGAACUACCGCCCUAUAUCGCUGCUUAAUGUGGAUUACAAAAUUUUUGCAGAUAUUUUGGCUAAAAGAUUAAAAAGGUGUUAGUAGAAGAAAUUCAUAAAGACCAAGCGGGCUUCCUCCGGGCAGACAUUUGUCUGACAACAUGAGAACUAUACGUACUACUCUAGAAAAACUACAAGUGAAUAUUAAUACUAAGGCAGUCUUGAUAUUUGUGGAUGCAGAGAAAGCCUUUGACAACAUUUCUUGGAGUUUUAUGAAGAAGAAUCUACAGGGAAUGGGGGUAGGUCAAGGUUUUGAAAAUGGUAUAGGUGCAAUUUAUUCAGAACAAAAGGCAAAAUUAAUUGUGAACAAUGUAGUGACAGAAGAGUUUAAGAUUGAGAAAGGGACACGACAAGGCUGCCCAAUUUCUCCAUUGCUCUUUAUAUCGGUCCUUGAGGUUUUGUUAAAUAUGAUUAGAAAGGACCAAGAGGUUAAAGGUAUACAAGUGGGAGCUAAACAGUACAAAUUGAAAGCAUUUGCUGAUGACUUAGUAUUGACUUUACAGGAGCCAGAAUCUAGUACCAAAAGGGUAUUGGAACUGAUUCAAGAAUUUGGACAGGUAGCAGGUUUUAAGUUGAACAAGAUGAAAACUAAGGUUUUAGAGAAAAACUUAACUGUGAAUGAGAGAGAGAAGUUUCAGGAGGAGACAGGACUAACAUUGGUUAAGAAAGUGAAAUAUUUAGGGGUUAACAUGACUGCCAAAAAUGUGAAUUUAUUUAAGGAUAAUUAUGAAAAAUGUUGGAUUGAAGUGAAAAAGGAUUUAGAAAUAUGGACAAAUUUGAAGCUAUCAUUGUUAGGCCGAAUUGCUGUGAUAAAAAUGAAUGUGUUGCCAAGGAUGUUGUUUUUGUUUCUGUGAUGGCCUGGGAUUCCGAUUCAGAGGCUGAACCGGAGGAAUCCCAGCCUGCACAGGAGUCCCCGCCUCCAGGGCUGGCUGAACUGGGGCAGGGCCUUGAUUCUGAGGCACCUACACCUGUGCCGGAUCCUCAGGAGCAGGCACCAGGUGAAUCCAUUCUGGCUCCAGAGGUGGUUGAGGACUCAGUGCCUACAGGUGAGUCUCCCCCUGGGCCCAGUAACCCUUCAGCCUCUCCUGAACUGCAGAGGCUCAGGGCAGAGAGGCGAAGGGAACUGGUUUCUCCCAGGAGGAGUGCUCGCCUUAAGGCCAGGAGAGGCGGGUCUCCUGGGGGCCGGGACGGCCCCUGGCCUCAGAGAAGAUAAAGGCCAGUCAGCCCGGUCCCAGGUUGCGGGAGCAAUGUCGUUGUUGAUGAGCUGUUUCGGCCAGCAUCCAGUCCUGUUCCCCCAGUGUUCCUGUCCCCGCCCGGCUUCCUGCUUCGGACCUCACCUCGCUCCUUGUGAACUGUUUCCAGACCAGUGACCCAGGACCGAACUUUGACUACGCCAACGGUAACCUUCCCCCCAGGACCAGCACAGUUUCAAACAUUGCAAAUUCUGGAUAAGAUGGAUUGUUUCGAGAAGUGGCAGAAAGAUAUUUCCAGAUUUGUUUGGCAGGGCAAGAAGCCUCGAAUAAAAUUUAAGAUAUUAACUGAUGCCAAAGAAAGAGGUGGAUUUGCCCUGCCAGACCUUAAACUUUAUUAUGAAUCAGCUGCUUUUUGCUGGCUGAGAGAAUGGCUGCUUCUUGAAAACACUGAUGUGUUGGAUUUAGAAGGUUUCAAUAAUGUAUUUGGCUGGCAUGCAUAUUUGUGGUACGAUAAGGUAAAAGCACAUAAAGCGUUUAAAAAUCAUAUUGUUAGAAAAGCAUUGUUUAAUGUUUGGAUAAGAUAUAAGGAUUUGUUAGAAAAGAAAAGCCCAAGAUGGUUUCACCAAUGGAAGCGAAGGCACAGAAAAAACUCAAUAUGGAGGCCAAAUGGCCGAAAUAUUGGGAAAUUCUGGAUCAAGAUGGAGACAGAAUAAAAUUGCAGAGCUUUGAAAAAUUGAAAAAUAAAGUGCGAGAUUGGCUCCAUUAUUAUCAAAUAAUGGAGGCAUACAAUUUGGCCAAAAAAGUUGGUUUCCAGGUGGAAAAAUCAAAAUUGGAAACAGAAUUGUUAGAACCAAAAAUUAAGAAUUUGUCAAGAAUGUAUAACUUGCUGUUGAAAUGGAACACUCAGGAUGAAAUGUUGAAAUCAGCUAUGAUUAAAUGGGCACAAGAUGUUGGACAUAACAUAAUGAUGGCCGACUGGGAACCGUUAUGGACCACAGGUAUGAAAUUCACGGCAUGUAAUGCCCUAAGAGAAAAUUUAAUGAAAAUGAUUUAUAGGUGGUACAUGACACCAGUCAAGCUUGCAAAAAUUUACCAUUUGCCCGACAAUAAAUGUUGGAAAUGUAAUGAGACUGAAGGUACAUUCUUUCACCUUUGGUGGACAUGCCCAAGGAUUAAGACAUUCUGGGAGAUGAUUUAUAACGAAAUGAAAAAGGUAUUCAAAUAUACCUUCCUGAAGAAACCAGAGGCCUUUCUCCUGGGCAUGGUCGGCCAAUUGGUGCCAAAGAAGGAUAGAACUUUUUUUAUGUAUGCAACAACAGCAGCAGCAAUACUCAUCGCGAAGUAUUGGAAGACACAAGAUUUACCCACCCGGGAAGAAUGGCAGAUGAAGUUGAUGGACUCUAUGGAACUGGCGGAAAUGACUGGCAGAAUCCGAGACCAGGGAGAAGAGUCGGUGGAAGAAGACUGGAAAAAGUUUAAAGACUAUUUACAGAAAUACUGUAAAAUUAAUGAAUGUUAGAAAAAAUGUUGGAAUGAAGUUAUAUGGCUUUAGUAGAAAUGUUAUAAGGAAUUAAGUAUAAAUAGAUUAAUAGAGAAUUAAAGGGAAAAAUAAGGUUAGAAUGUGUUAAGAUAAUUAUAGGAUAGAAAACAGAGGAAGAUGGAAAGGAAUUGCUGAAACAAUUAACAGAAGUGGAAUACAAAAAGGGAGGUGUGAGGAGGUCGUGGAAAUAAGUGAAUGAAAGAUAAGAUAUUGAAAUUGUUUGAUGUGUUUAACUGUUUUUGUUUUGUUUUGUUAGUUUAGUGUGUUAGUGUUAUGUAGUGUUUUUGUAUUGUAUUGUAUUGUUUUUGUAGUGUUUAAAUUGUUGGAAAAGUAAUAAAUAUUUUUAUUUUUUUAAAAAAAGAGUUGUUCUUUCUCAACAGGUCCCUUUCAACUCCACAAUUCUAGGUUUCUUUGAUUAAUCAUAGCCACGAGGGAUGGGCACAGUUCCUGACCGCCAGGCAACAUUGCUGUUGGCUCUUGACACCAUAACAACUAUGAAAGGGAAAACUGGAGGUGGUGGGCCAAAAUGGAGGCACUUUGGCAACAAUACUAUGCAUUAUAACUGCCCAAUUUGGUGUUUUCUGUUUUCAGAUAUACUUGCCAUUAGGUCUUCACCUUUAUUUGGUAGGAUUGGAGUUGUGGACAGAAAGAGACUACAUAACAAUUGAUACUGAGAAUCUUGGCGUGACUUUAGUUGCAUUUUACCAAUAUGCCAUCUCUGAGCUGCAGCCAAAUGUGCAUUUUGAUCAUUCAGGAAUAAUUACGUAAGACUCUACAGUUUCUUUCUUGAAAUUGUCUGCCUUCUUUUUCAACAAUAUGAAAAGGCCAGAUUAUUAUUACAUUAUCUCAUCAUCAUCAUCAUCAUCAUUAUCAUUAUCCUAAAGAAGCCCAGAGUGGCAAAUACACAAGUAAUGGGGGGAAAUUUUUUUUUUUAAAAAAUUCCUUUGCACCUGUAUCAGUUUAUAGUAGGAACCCUAGCAAGGACCCUUCCCUUGUCUUUGGUCUUAGCUUAUUUAUUCAUUAUUAUUAUUGUUCAUUCACACUCCAGCUUCUUACAAAGUAUACACAGGGAGGAAGCUUACAUUAAAUCUGUAGAUUAAAGGAAGAUUAAAAUGUUCUGCUCAUAAACUUGGGCAAGAUAGCCACUCUGUAACUUUUGCAGUGUUUUAUAACUAUGACAUGUACAGUAAUAUCUUCUGUUAUGUUAUAGGGCUAAAGGGUUUCCUGCUGGACUUUCUUGGGGGGACCGGUUUUGUCUUUACACUCUAGUUUCAGUGUCUGCUAUUCAUGUAGGUGAUUAUCAGUAUCUUUAUUUUUGUCUUUGUAAUAUAUUCCUAAAAUUAGUAGGCUGCCAGAGGGAGGAAGGUAAAUAGGGGUUCAGCCACUAGUUCUCCAGACCUUCCUUUCCAUUCCAUUGCAUUCCAUUGGGGCCAAGCUACCUGUGACCAAAGGAAAUUUGCUGCAGUUUUUUUUUUUAAAAAAGAUGCAAAUAACACAGCUGCCAGGGAAAGGAGAUUUGGCUCAAAUGUGGACUGUAGAUUGAGGCAAGAGUGAUAGUUCUAUCACCAUUCACCCCUUGUACAAAUAUAAUACUAUUAUUUAAUUAACUUAUUAGUUGCUUUACACAAAUGUCUCAUAACAAUAUAAGAAUAGGCAGCUGGAUCAGGCCAGUGGACCUGAGUACAGCGGUACCUUGCCCUCCUGCAGUUUCCAACUGUUAUUCAGAAGCAUACUGCCUCUGACUCUGGAAGCAGAGGAGAGCCAUUAUGGCUACAACACAUAGCAGUAAUCCAGCCAUGAGGUUAGCUGGGCAUAGAUCAUUGAAGUGAGUUUAUUCCCAUCCAGACAGAGCUGCAGCUGGGCCACCAGCUGAAGCUAGUAUAAGGCAAUAUGACCAGUUGUACACCCAGUGGCAAAAAACAAUUACCCCCAAGCAGUGCACUUGAUCCUUCAGGGUGAGUGCAACACCAUUGAAAACAUCUUUACUGGACCUAUGCUGAGUAGGCACUUGGUUACAGCCUUCAAUGUCCAUCCAUCAUUAGCAGCUGGAUCUAACCUGGCCCAGUGCCAUAGUUAGGAGGUGGCCUGCGUGGGCAAGCACAGGGGCUUCUAAUCAAGUGAUGAGGCUGCGGUGCCAUGGGAAAGGCCCCAACCAGCUCCAUCUGAGUGAAGGUGAUGCAGAGGAAAAAGAGGGAUUGACCGGGAGGAUGGGACCAUGUCUGGCAUCAGACCUCGAGCAUAGGUUGGGGUGGGGUGGGUGAGUGUUUGGAAAGGGCUCAGACCUUAGCUUGGCGUUAGGCCUGUGCUGGUACUACGGCUGGCAUCAUUGGGGAUUGCUGUGUAGUUUGGAAAGGUUCACAGGAGGUGGUGGAUGACUGGAUUUGUGUCUCCUCUGUCAAACUUGAGGGGCUGCUGAUGGGAAGGAGGAUGAAAUCUGGUGGUUGUUGGUCUAGGAAGUGGGGUGGGAAUGGGACAGGCAGGUCAGCAGGGGCUUCUGGUCUUCUGUCUCAUGGCUGAUCCUGCUGAGGGAAUGGAGGAAUCAGCUGUUCUUCUUCAGGCCUCCAUGUGAACUACUCAGCUUGGGACUGGGGGCGGAGUGGGCUGUUGAAAAAGAGGAAAGUGGCAAGGACAAAACAAAUCCAGGUCUCAAAAUGUAUUAAGGCAUAACGUGGGGGGUGGGGGAGAGAAAAACGACUUCCUUUCAAUAGCACAAAUGCUGAAAUCAUCUUCCAAAAAAUAUAGUUGUAGGGUAGAACCCAAUUUGCAUAUUUUUAAAGCAGUUGGAAUAUACUCAAAGGACGUAAAUGAAGUGUGUAUUUAUUGAAAGUGUUUGAUAUUCUGAUGACCUCAGUCCCUUCUUUCCUUUUCCUCAUUGUAUCUCAGACAUACAGAAAUCCUAAAGUUGAUGCUGAAACAAUUGCGCAUGUCUUGGGUCAUUCUCUUGGCUUUGGCCAUGAUGACACACCCUUAAACAAAGCUCGGGGCUGUGACUGUAAUUGCACCAAGCCUGGCAGGUGUAUAAUGGCAGCAACCGGCAAUCCGUGAGUAGUCCUUAAUUGAUUUCUUUCUUUCUUUCUAGUGUUUUUGUCUGGGUUUGGAAAGAAAAGCUGGUCAUGUUAUAUUUUUGCUCAGUUCAUUUCUUGCCACUAAAGACGUUCUGCUUGGCUGUCCUUCUUAGAGUCAAACUACAGAUUACAUUAAGUAUCCCAUUAGUGCUGUGUGCUCGACGUUCAUUCCCCCACUGCAACCCUGAUCUUAAUUGCCCUUUCCAUCAACAAGCAUGAUGACGAAGCUGCUAAUUAUGUGCUUCAGGUAACUUGUAGGCAGUUCCACCUGAAAGUUAUUUUGUAAUCCCUCUUGAAAUAAAUGGGAGCUAUGCUAGAGUAUGUCAUUCUCAAUAAUUUUGUGGAGAACUGAACAGUUUCUUGGUAGAUUUCCCACUGGAAGAACCUUCUACAGUACACACACAUUAAGCUCCUUUGUGGAUUUUCUCUGGAGAAGAUAAGCAGGAUAGGAAUUCUCUUUAAUUAUCAGCUAGAUGAAAUAAAAAACUAUAUUUGUUUACAAAGUAUUGUUAUGAGUUUGUGGGUUGUAGACACGCUAAAUUCCUGGGUCCAGUAGAUGACAGAAUUAAAUUAAGGCUUGGGGUGUCAAAAGCUAAGCUAGUCUCCUGUGUGAGGUGAUAGCUAGACCUUGUGUAUUAAGAUGUGUACUAGAUACUUCCAAAUCAUCUGGAAUCAGCGUACGUUAACAGCUAAUUAAGUCAGACUAGCCUCCUGUGUGGGGCAGUGAGCCAUUAGAACAAAGGAACCCGGUAUGAGAUGGCAGGUGAGAGGGGCUUACAGUGUAUUCCUCACUGAGUAGCAGCAUGGCGCAGUUAUUUCCUGGCUUCCUUAGCCUAAGCAUCUGGCUGUAACCUCUAUUAAGGAAUAAGUGGUUUUAUACAUUUUCUCCUAGUGUGUUUCAAUAUUUUGAGGAUUUGAAAUAAUUUAACUAUUUAUUUUUGUUUCUAUCUAUUGUUGUACAGCACCUUAGAAGAAUUUGUACCCUGAAAGGCAAGAUACAAAUUAGUAUAGUAAAUAUAUUUAAUAAAUCAUUUCAUCAUACUGGAUAAUAAUUUCUCCUCUGUUACAGAACAUGCUCAAGGCUGAGUAACUGCAGCAGGAAGGUAUAUUAUGAUGCAAUAAGAAAACCAGGAAAAGAGUGUCUUAUUGACAUUCCUAGCAACGUAAUUAGCAAAAAGAAGUGUGGAAAUGGUGUCAUUGAGGAUGACGAAGAGUGUGACUGCGGCCACAAUGAGGUUAGGCAUUAAGACUGCUCUGAAAGAUGUGCACAGAAGAAUUACUGUAUUUUUUGCACCAUAACACUCACUUUUUUCCUCCUAAAAAGUAAGGGGAAAUGUCUGUGCGUGUUAUGGAGGGAAUGCCUACGGGUGGCAUGCCUAUGGAUUUUCCUCCACUAAAAACUACGUGCGUGUUAUGGUCGGGUGCGUGUUAUAGAGCAAAAAAUACGGUAAUAAAGUGUGGAUGUAUAUAUUUUCCGAGCUGUGGAAUUGCUCAGAAGGACAAUGACUGAUUCUAACUUUUCAGUCUGCUCCGAAAUCUUCUGUUCUGUAUUCUUAGCAAAUCAAUGCUACGGUUGUAUCAUACUUAAAUAAGUCCCACCAAACUUAACAGAGCUAAUUUAGACAAGCAUAGCCUUAUACUGUCUACUCAGAUAUAAGUCCUGUUAUGUUAAAUGAGACUUAUUCCCCAAGGAAAUGCAUAUAGGAAUGCAGCCUAGAUCAUUUACUUUUCAGGACCAAAUUACUUCACUAAAACUGCUAGUCUGAGGGCCUUUUCUCAAAGAGAAAAACAGAGUAGGGUGAGAAUUGUUUUUCUAUGGUGUAAUCUCUUCUGGGUAAGGAUUGUUGUUGUUAUUUUAUUUAUUUAUAUCCCACCUUUUCCCCAGUCAGUGACAGAGAUAAAAUAGAACAAGAGAAAAACAUAGAAGUCAUUAAAAUGUAAUUGGACACUAACAGAAUUAAGAUAGUAUUAAAAGAUCCAUUAAAAACACAAAACACAGAAAUAACUAUAAAAACAUAACAGCCCUUUCUCCUGCAGCAGUAUGGGCAGGUCUAAUAGCGUAGGUCUUUCUCUUAGAAUGGGUAUAUUUAUUAUAUGAAAACAUGCCAGUUAGGUAUGAAAGAGCCAAGAAAAUGGCUUUGAAUACUCCACCCACACUCCACAGCUGCAUAGAAAAAUGGCUCCCACAUCACUGAGAAAGGGGCCUCAAUUUUCAGUUUUAUUGAGUCAAGGCAUUUCCCCCUGAAAAACAAUUACUGGAUUACACCCACUUUCUUUGGUUGAUAGGGCAAGGAAUGAUGUGACUCAUAAUUAGGGAGACAGCAAGAAGUAAGAGAGCACAGGUUCCACUUGCCCUUGCGCCACAUGUUCCUACAAGAGGUAUUAAGUAAGUUGGUGUGUGUUAUUAAGUACAUACAUUAAGAUUCUGUACACACCAUACCUUUAAAGCACCCCUCACAAGAAUUCUGGGAACCGUAGUUUACCCCUUAAAGGUAAAGUUAAAGGGACCCCUGACCAUUAGGUCCAGUUGUGGCCGACUCUGGGGUUGCAGCGCUCAUCUCGCUUUAUUGGCUGAGGGAGCCGGUGUACAGCUUCCGGGUCAUGUGGCCAGCAUGACUAAGCCGCUUCUGGCGAACCAGAGCAGCGUACAGAAACGCCGUUUACCUUCCCGCCGGAGUGGUACCUAUUUAUCUACUUGCACUUUGACGUGCUUUUGAACUGCUAGGUUGGCAGGAGCAGGGACCGAGCAAUGAGAGCUCACCCCGUCCCGGGGCUUCGAACUGCCGACCGUCUGAUUGGCAAGUCCUAGGCUCUGUGGUUUAACCCACAGCGCCACCCACAUCCCCAGUUUACCCCUUACACAGCUACAAUUUCCAGGAUUCUUGAGUGUGGGGCUGUAUAUUCAUAUGCAACUUAAGGUGACUUUAAAGAGAAACUCAUUGCAGUGGCACCCUGUCCCUGAGAGGCAGAAGGUUUGAAAAGCACAGGUACAGAGGACGCCCAUCAUCCCCACAUAGUUCUGUUUUGCAAAUCUCUCAAGGCAACAACCAUGAAAGAGCUGCUAAGCUGUGGCAUUCAGUAUAUUUUUCAUCUUUUAUCAGGAACUAGAAGAGGCAGGGAUCCUGAAUAUAUUUCUGCAGCCAAUUACAAAACUUUCAGGAGCCAAAAUACAGUCUCAGGUGAGUGGAUAAAAUAUUAGUAGAAUUACACUGUUUCCUACAUCAAAUUUUGCUAUAUGUCUUUGGGUCUCCCAGUAGUAGUAGUGUCUUUGGUUGUGUGAUGAGGAAUGCCAGCUGGCUAACACCACAUAGCUAGGCCAUUUAGUUUUACCCUGUGUGAAAGGAAGUACAAGGAAAUUUGGCUGCCUUUUGAAGCAUGCGAUAACAAAAAGUUGUUUUGUCUCAGCUGGAUAUUGAAGUGCUCUGCUUUAUUUACAUGUUUCCACAUAAAGAUUAGCUGUUCUGUGGACCAUACUAGCAGUCUCCAAAGUUUCAUAAUGGGAUUUGUUUGUCAUGAAAGCCUCACACAUGAAAAUUCCCUUAGCAGUAAGAAAGCAGUCAACAUAUUGAGUGACUAAGCCACUGCCAAGAAGUUCUACAGGACAGACCCCUGGAAGCUGUGAAGGAACUUUGGGGCUGCUUUGUGACUCUGCCAAUGUUAACAUAACAGAUACAGAGCUGGACUGACAUCAGCAGCCAACAUCUUCACAGGAGAGGAGACAUGCAUUGACUGAAAAAAAAUCACUUUAUUUUAAAUAUAUUAGCCUUGCCUUUAAUGGCCUUGCUUGGAAGAUUAAAAGCAUUGCACUUGCCUCAGAAGUUGCUUCACGCAGUUAAUGAAAAUUGUAGUAAUGGCUUUACAAUGAAUGACAGUUUCUGUAUCUUGUAAAGGUUACGUUAAUAUAUUUAAAAGAAAGUGAUUUAGUCAGCCAAUACAUGUUUCAGAGGUUUUGCAAUAUUUAGAUUUAUUUAAAUUGAUUCAGUGGUAGAAGCCAGAUAGCAGUAUAAAAGAGUAAAUGAAGUAAAGUGUUUUGUAACUCCCUUUUAGUUUUUUAGACAGUGGAUGCAAAGAUCAGAGAACCAAUAUUUGUUUGCUGAUGACCCACGGUCUAAAGUUAUGUCUGUAAGUUUUUAGUAAAAUAUUAUUAAAAUUAUUUCAUUUCUUGUCACACAUAAUGCUUCAUUGACUGUUUGCUACUAUGUAACUCAUGUAAUGUAAAUGACUUUUUGAAAAAAACGUUAAAACGACAACGUUGAUGUUGGGACUCUCUGUUGCUAUCAGGCAAGCCUGGUUAAGAGAGCCAUUCCAGCUGUGGUGGGGUGUCAUCAGUACUGGAACUUGGAUAUCCCAGUACUCCACAAUGUACUUAAUCCUAGCCCAACUGCGCUGACUGCCAAAUAGUUUCCAGCCCCAAUUCAAAGUGCUGGUUUUGACCUAUAAAGCUUUAAACAGCUACGAACCGCAAUACCACAAGGACUACCUCUCCCCAUAUGAACAGACUCGAACCCUGAGAUCAUCCUCUGAGUCCCUUCUUCAUGUGCCGCCUCCGAGAGAGGUCUGGAGGGUAGCAACAUGAGAACAGGCCUUUUCUGCAGUGGCUCCCCGCUUGGGAAUGCUCUCCCCAAGGAGGUUCAUCUGGUGCCUUCAUUAUACACCUUUAGGCGCCACGCAAAAAUGUUCCUCUUUAACCAGGCCUUUGGCUGAUUAACAUCUUAAAGAGACCCCUGACCAUUAGGUCCAGUCAUGGACGACUCUGCGGUUGCAGCGCUCAUCUCGCUUUACUGGCCAAGGAAGCCGGCGUACAGCUUCCGGGUCAUGUGGCCAGCAUGACUAAGCCGCUUCUGGUAAACCAGAGCAGCGCACAGAAACGCCGUUUACCUUCCCGCCAGAGCAGUACCUAUUUACCGUAUUUUUCGCUCUAUAAGACGCACCAGACCACAAGACGCACCUAGUUUUUGGAGGAGGAAAACAAGAAAAAAAUAUUCUGAAUCUCAGAAGCCAGAACAGCAAGAGGGAUCGCUGCGCAGUGAAAGCAGCAAUCCCUCUUGCUGUUCUGGCUUCUGUGAUAGCUGCACAGCCUGCAUUUGCUCCAUAAGACACACACACAUUUCCCCUUACUUUUUAGGAGGGAAAAAGUGAGUCUUAUAGAGCAAAAAAUACAGUAUCUACUUGCACUUUGACGUGCUUUCAAACUGCUAGGUGGGCAGGAGCAGGGACCGAGCAAUGGGAGCUCACCCCGUCAUGGGGAUUCGAAUUGCUGACCUUCUGAUCGGCAAGUCCUAGGCUCUGUGGUUUAGACCACAGCGCCACCCGCGUCCCGAUUAACAUCUUAUACCCCUUUUAAAUGUGUUUGUAGGAAGGGGUAGAGAGGAGGGUAUUGUUCAGUGUGUACAUGUUUAAUUUUUGCUUUUAUAUUAUAUACACAUUUUGUGUUUUUUAUAUUGUAUUUUUAUGUUGUGAACUGCCCUGAGAUCUAUGGAUGAAGGGUGGUAUACAAAUUUAAUAAAUAAAAUGAUACAUUUAUUGCACCUCUGACCCAUUUAGUCACAGGAUGCUCUCCCCACUAUUUCUCCCACUUCAUCUGUUAGCUCUUACAGAUUCUUCAGUAUAGCCUGUCUUGAAUUUUGUAGUGUCGCUUGUGAUAUGUCAGCCCUCUAGUUUAUGGCUGAUCCUUUUAAGUAUCUGUAAUCCUUCCUGGUUUUGUGACCUUCCUAAAGUUGCUUAAUUGCACUGUCUACUCCUUCAUUCAAUGUUUAGCUAAAGAAAGGUAUCUGCAGUGUCUUGUUUCUAUGUAGCAUUCGGAAACCAAUAUGUAUUGCUCUGAUAUUUGAAAGUAGAUACUAUGAGCCAUGCCACAACUCUUUCAUUUUUUUAUAGGAAGAGGGUGAAUCAGGGAUCAUCAGUUCAUUAAUGGAUAGCAACUUUCCAGAAUUCCAAGGGCCCAGUGUAAGUUGUAGAUUAAUUUUAUAAUGCUAAGAUAUGGAAUAUCUGUAUUCCUUAAAACAUUUUCCUUUUCCUUACAAGUGCAAUAGUGACCAAACAUUUUACAAUCUCUUGAUUAAAAUAUGGUACGCCUGCUGGGAAGUCAGGUAAAAUUGCUUUUGGCCGCGAUCCCCAGUUUCUUGACCUCAUAUAAGCAAAAAAAAGACAAGCCCUUGCCUCAAAAGGAAUCUGCAGUUUAAGUUUAGACUGAGGAUGGAGGACAUCUGGUGGUCAAGGCAGCUUGGCAAAUGUAAUAAAUGAAUACACCCGAUGGCACAGUUAGUCUAAGAGACUGCAUUUAAAGUACAGUAUUGAGAGAUAAUUCCUUCUUUUGCAGGAAUGCCAAAGGAAUGGCUGUUGCCAAAAGGACUGUAAAUUAUCACCAGGCAUUGAAUGUCUUUAUGGACUUUGCUGCGAGAGAUGUAAGGUAAUAUAAAAACAGCAUAUUUCAAAUAAAUGUAAUAACUAGGGAUGCCCUGAACUCCUCUCCCGCACCCACCCAUGGACAGCCCAAUAGAUAUUUCUGCCCAAAGUGGAGCACUAAAUUUUUUUACCCUGUCAGAGUAAUGCUACAUCAUCAUAUAGCAUUGUUCUUAUGGCUUUGGGAUGAAGGUGUUUAUGCCCACCCAUCCCACCCCCAGCCAGCCUUGUCAGAGGAAUGCUAUGCUAACAUCUUGUGCUGUAUCCCAGUUCCUGUUCAGGAGCUGGCUGCACUCCAUGCGCCGUACUCCCAUCAGACCAGAAAAGCCCUGCUUGAGAAGAGGGGAGAGGAUAGAUAAAGCAGCCUGCCGCUUACCACCAGUUACUAUACCGCCCCCUCAAGAGCCAGCCUCUACCUUCUUAGGUCUUUCUUUUCCAUUACAGUGGUACCUCAGGUUACAUACGCUUCAGGUUACAUACGCUUCAGGUUACAGACUCCACUAACCCAGAAAUAGUGCUUUAGGUGAAGAACUUUGCUUCAGGAUGAGAACAGAAAUCGUGCUCCAGCGGCGCGGCGGCAGCAGGAGGCCCCAUUAGCUAAAGUGGUGCUUCAGGUUAAGAACAGUUUCAGGUUAAGAACGGACCUCUUAAACGAAUUAAGUACCCGAGGUACCACUGUACUCUUUCUGAAGCAUAUAAGCCAUCAAUCAUCAGGAGGCUAGAGUCUUGCAGCCUCUUUCCACACACACCCAUGGUCUAUGGUUACCAGAUUUUUAAAAAUGAAUCCGGGGACGCCUCCCCCCCCCCUUUUUUGAAGCUGAGUAGCAACAGGGAGUCAGAAGUGGGGAUGGUGAGGCAAAAGACCCUUGGCCCAAGCACACAUGCAUAUUGUAUAAAGGUGCAAAGCCCUGGGCAAUGGCCAGCCGCCCGCGACUCCUGAGCCUCCCCCGAUCAGUCAAAACAAAGGGGGAAGGGGGCAGGAGAUUGGGGGAGGCUCAGGAGUUACAGGCGCGCGGUGCGCCAUUGCCCAGUUUUUUAAAAACUCUGCACAUUUAUGUUUCACAGGGUGCAAAAGAAGGGCUUUACACCUUGCCCGGCAGAGAAACUGCGCCCCUCCUGGACAAUGGUGGGCCGCCUACCUGCAACUCCCGAGCCUCCCCCGAUCAGUCAAAACAAAGGGGGCAGGGGGCAGGAGAUCUGUACCACUGGACGUCCCCAGUUCCCCUGUGGCAACGGCAGCGGCAGUAAGCAGCUCCUGAAGCCAGCCAAAGCUAACUGCGCUACCAGGCUGGCUCCGGGCUGCUGAGGCUGCCGCUGCCACAUUUCCCAGGGACAGAUUUGCAAAUCUGGGGACAUUCCAGGGACGGAAUUUGUCCCAGGACAGAUUUGCAAAUCUGGGGACUGUCCCCAGGAACCGGGGACGUCUGGUAACCCUACCAUAGUCAACAUCCAGCCAUCCUGGCUGAUGAAUGGUUAGGCUAGUCGUGAGCAAGCAAGCAGUCUAGCAGCAGCUUCUCCAUAUAAUGUCAUUCUCAGGUAUUAGGGGAGGGGGAAAGAAAAUGGUGGCUCUCACCUGUGGCCACUGUGAGGUGCCCCAUACCAGGAUGGAGAAUUUUGCCUUUCCUCAACUUGGUCCCCUGACCCACAGAUUUUAUGAGAGGACUUGGCUCCCCUGUCAUUGCCCCCCAUUUGUCUGAAAUUUUAUCCCUUUCAAGGAAAAAAUUCAGUCAUUUUUAGAAAACUCCCAAACCCCUGGCCCCCACAUUUAGGCUGUACUUUGAAUACAUAGAGUACUUCCUAGCUGUCAUCUUAUUUGGCCACACAAUGAUCCUGAAGAGUAGAAAGCAAUGGUGAAUUGCCCCAGGCCACCUAGUGAAUGAAUGGCUGUUAGGCCUUGAAUUCCCAUGUCACUAUCCACUGUGCCCCAUGAGCUCCAAGAGCAAUUUAUGGCUAAAGCAAGAAUUCACUUCAGCUUUGUCUGAUUUAAUAAGAUGGUCUUUGGCUGGGUUUCCCACACAAUUGUGCACACAGCAUAGUUCCCCUUGAUACUUGGGCUUCCAGCAGAUUGCAGAAUAGGCUUCCAACAGCAGCCAAACCACCAGAAGCUGUACAUUAUUGACAGAACCUCGUGCUUCAGCCCCAGGGGACAUGGGAGUAUGUUUUUAUUCUACGGUGAAAGGGGAAAUAUUGCGAGUCCAGUUUUGCCUAUUUGAGGCACUGAGGCAUUGCAGGAGCUUCACUGAGCUCAAGAAAAGGACUAAAAAUGAGACCUGAGGGUUCAUUUACAUGGUGCUUUGCACUCAGACUCACCAAGGCAGAUAGAAAAUGACAUUUAUGACAGGGAAGGAAGCAUUUGACAUUUUUCCCACCUGCAAUUUCCUAUACUUUAAAUUCCUCUGUAAGUUGUCCACCCAUACACACUGCAGGCACAAAUAUUUUCAAUGCAUUUCCAAGGACAUGCAUGAGUUUUAAACCUCAUUGAGGGAGCUGCUUGGGGAAACCAGUGUUGUAGCAGAGAAAUGGCAGAUAAGGAAAUAAUUUUAUCCCCCCACCCCCACCCCUGCCUGAGUUGCUUUGUCAUUGCCAAUGCAGCCAACAUUGGGACUUUAAUUUGUGUAAUUUAGCUCCACAAGUAAUUUCAGUUUCUGAAGGGAAAACAUGACAUGCCUCUGUUGAAGAGUCAGAAUGAGAAGCUUCAAUUGUUGUUUCCAACAGUUGUUAGAAGAGGGAACAGUGUGCAGAGAAGCUGUUUCCGAGUGUGACCUUCCGGAGUACUGCAAUGGGAGCUCUCCUGUUUGCCCGCCAGAUGUCCAUAAACAAGAUGGGAUGCCAUGUAGCAACAGUAACAGCUGCUUUAUGGGGAAUUGCAUUGACCUCCACAAACACUGCACAUCUCUUUUUGGCCAAGGCAAGAUUAACCUUCGCUUUGGGAAGAAAAGGAAAAAUCUUCUUCAUUCCUUGAGUGCCAUCUGGGAAGAGGGCUUCGGGAAUCUUCUGCUUUGUUGUGUGUCCUGAGUGAUUUUUCUCUUUAGCCUUUCCUUAGUGGAUGUCAGGCUCUAGGGUUCUCCCAAAUUUAUCCAUGCUGUUUGUUGGCAUAAUGAGGAGAGAGUUGACAUUCUCCAACCAUUUGGGGGUGGGUGGAACAGAAACAUUCUUUUAAAAGCCUCAAUUGAGAAAUUGCAGCCCACUUAAUGAUUAAUGCAACUUUGUUGUUGGUUAAUGCUGGUGGCUGAAAGUAGUGGUGGGCUAAGAGGUUGAUUUGAAGGAGCAGGGAGCCAGGCCCACUGAUUCCUUCAACAAUAUUAAAAUAGUAUUAAAUGACACUGAAACUGAAUCCACAGUUAUCUCAGAAUCCCCCACCCUAUUAACAAAUGCUGAAAUGUGGAGGUGUGGGGUUGCCUGAAUAUUCUCAAGGGAAGAAUUGAAAGUCUUCCAACAGUUGGGGAGGAACUCAAAAAAGUUUUGUUUUCCAAAAACUUACAAUAGAAUAAUUUCUUGAGAAUUUUCAGUCCAGCUUGCUAACAAGUGUUGGUGAGGAAUUUCAGUGAGCCAACUUUAUGGAUACUGAAUUUCUAGCUCAGCCAAAUUCACAGAUUUCUGCUCAUUAUAUGGCCCCAGGUGCAGAAAGCCCAGGUGAUGUGUAACACACUCAUGUGCAGGUUUGCAGUAAACAUUUUAAUAACAGUUAAGAUGAACAUUGAAAGCUGAUAGAAAGAACAGUACAAUAAAACAUGUCCUACAAUUUCUAUUUUUUCUGCUUCACAGGGGCAUAAGCAUUCAUGGUGUGGUACAUUGUAGUAUCUACCCUUCAGUACUGCAGAUGGGAGCACAUUAAAUUUAGCCUGAAUUUUGCAAUAGUCACCUUGAUCAGAUGAUCCUCAAGGAGAGCCCACCCUCUAAAAGUUGGAAAGAUAGAAGCUACACUUAAUAUAAUUUUGCAACUCGAAAUCUCAGAUGCAUUGGCAUAUGUUUUGUUGUUGUUGUUUUUUGCUUUUAAAUAACUCAUAGCAAGAAUGGCAUUUGGUUUAGUACUUUCUCAUUCACUAUCUUCCACUGUUACUGAAAUGUAUCAGUAAGGGUUGGUAAGGGUCAAGGGGGCCAGGCCUUCAGGCAUGAAUAAGUUUUAACCAGAAAUUUAACUUAUAUAUCCAGAUCCGAGACUCAACAGAAAUUUGUCUAGUCUCUAAUUGUGAAGGUUUGUUGGGCACACAUCUUGGAAGGCUGAGAACAGUUCUCAGAAAUUUUGUUUGGACAGAUUCUGGAGCCUCAAAACUCUUAAACGUACACACUUUUGCUCCAAAUAACAAUUGUGGCAAUUAAACACUUCGAUAGCCUCUUUUAUACGCCUUAAUUUAGUCUUGCCAGUUCUCAUUUUUUCACUCCUUCCCCUUUCCCUCUCUGCAGGUGCAAAACAGGCCCCACUGAGUUGUUUCAAGAAAGUGAAUAUGCGAGGCGACCAGGCUGGCAACUGUGGCAAGGAUGGACUAAAAUACAGGAAAUGUUAUGAAGAGUAGGUUAUACCUGUGGGCAGGUAUCUUGUUUUCUUAGAUUACUCAUUCCAUUUCCCAUAACAUUCAAAACAGUUCAAGACAAAUUGCAGUCACAAUAGGAUGGGCCCAAAUGUGUAUGUGUCUGUAUCUCCCAAGUGUCAAAGGCCAUGGUGAAGAUGCUCAUCGUCAGCGCAUGGCAAAAACUGUAUAAUGAAGGUGCCAGAUGCACCUGUGUGGAGAGGGAAUGUUACAGCACAGCUGCUGCCAUGGAGAAUGCCCUCUUGCAGCCCUACUGCCAGGUUUCUGAAAGCAGUGGGACUAUGAAAAUGGUCCCUUUGGUAUGUCCCUCUCCUGUUAUUUUGGGGCUCAUCCAUGCUGACCUUUCCCCCUGCGCUUUCCUGGUUCAUGUCCGAGCACUUUUUUUUGUCCUGCCAAUUUCCCCAAGAAAACCUGCUCUUUAAUGCUGAAUUGGAGCAGACAGCAAUUCAGGUUUUCCACAGAUUACCAUUUGCACAAGUCAGUGGUAAAGAGCGGGUUUUCACAGGGGAAACGCUGGGUCAAAAAAAAAGUGUUCAGACACAGACCAGGAAAGCCCAAUCCUGUGCUUUGAAAAGUGGAGAAAAGUUAAUCGUGGAUGAGCCCUUAAGCAUGUGUAUUUUCCCUCACAGCCUUCGGCCUCUUCAGUGAGCUGUUAUCUCCUCCUUAUUGUAAACUGUACCUCAUCUGGAUUCCUGGGUGGCCAGAGCAGCUGACACUGAGAAUGGAGGAGAUAUACUUUUAAAACACAUCCAGUGUGUGGGAUAACAAGCCUCACAUAACCAACAUGCUUAUGUUGAAUUAAUGCGUGAAGGGGUUAAGACCGUAGAGUAAACUGCCUGCCAAGCUUAGCUUGCCUUGGCAGGAACUAUGUAAUCAGACAUAUUGUUUUCUGCCAAUCUACCUGAGAAGCUCAGUGUGAGAGGGGGUCAGACCUCAUGACUCUCACAAGUCACUGCUGAGUUCCCAUACCAAUAAUUUAGGAACUUUCACCAAGUAACUAUGCCAAGUUUUACUGCCUGUGCAACUUUUCUGACUUCUUCAUGGAAAAGCACAUGAACCUGACCUUGGAAGAGUUUGUAAGUACUGUAAAUCAUUUUUAACUUAACAAAUGUGUGGUCUUUUUCUAUGCUAGGAGUGGGAAACUUCGGAAUGAACUCGGAAGGGCAUUUUUUAAAGGUCUGGCUCUAACAGCUGAUAUCUCCACAGUUUACUUUGCUGCAUAUUUUGUGAUUUUGAAUCUCUGCUGGGGUUCUCUCACCAAAAGUAUUUGCCUCAAACUUGAAUCUUAGCAUCCAGGAAUUCUUCUUUUCUACCUUUAUUUUUUAUUCUGCUCCAACAUGAUUCUCAUUUAAAACACAUGACUCCCCCCAAAGAAUUCUGCAAACGGUCAUUAAGGGUCCUGGGAACUGUAACUCUGUGAAGGGGAAACAAAGGUUCCCCUAAUUCUUUUGGGGAAGUCACGUACUUUAAAUGUGCAUUCAUUGUGCUUUAAAUGUCUGGUAUGGAUCUGCCCAAACAUUUUUCCUUCCUCACUUUUCUUUCAGAGAUGUUCUUUGUGGAAGGCUCCAGUGCACUCACGUUAAUAAAAUUCCCAAAAUGUUAACAGGACAAAGUGUAGUUCAGACUCCAGUGGAGGGUAUGUUCUGCUGGGGUUUUGAACGUCAUAUUGGCCAGCAUGUUUAUGAUCUUGGAGCAGUGAGAGAUGGAACAACCUGUGGAACUGACAAGGUAACUUUGUCUGGAUCCCUUGCUUGGCUCUGAUUUCUCAAAUUCUAACUUGGGAUGGGGUGGCAAUUUGCUUUGCUAGGGAGUACAGUCUUCUCUGAAUAUGUAUUCCUGGUUUUUAUUUAUUUAUUAAUUGACUGAUCUUGCAAGUCAUUUGGCUGGCCUUUGGCAGCAGCACUAUCUGCUUAGUUAAGAGUGUGUACAGAGCGGCAUGCACAAUUUGAGCAGUGAGCCCACUAUGGAAGUGCAAGUCCCCACCUUUUAGGCACGUAUACAUUCUUCUCUUCCAGACUUAGGUCAGGGAAAACCUGUUCUUCUGUGCUGAUUGGCUACCACUCAUUUUAGUAAUCAGACCCCUUUCUCCUUUCUUAGGGCAGGAUGAUACACAUUGCUGACUAGCUGGUCCUUAGGUCAAUCAGGCAGCUUCCACUCUGCUUCUCAGAGCAGUUAUCAAAAUAUGAAAAUGAACAGUCUAAAAGCAAUAAUAAAAAAUAAAGCACAGAACAAAUGUUCAAGCAGUUGGCUAUGCAAGGAGCUUUUUAAAAAAAUAACCACACAAGUGGAUAGGCCACCUGAAACAAGAUUGUGGGGCAAUGCUGGAUCUGGAGCCUUUAUGUGUCAUUAAUGAAGGAAAGAGUGGGGGAAGCACAGCUCUCUCUGCAGGAGAACCCACACCUCCUGUUUCAAGGUCUGCUUGUGCACAGCCUAGGAGUAUUCACCAGGAGUCUUGGCUUCCAAACUGUCAGAAUCCAAGCUUUUCAGCUGCCAGUGCACUAUAUAAAAUUAACAUUUCAUACAUCCCUUUCCAGAUAUGCAUGAACAGAUCUUGUGUUGACCGGGCCGUUUUGAAUUAUGACUGUGAUUUUUCAAAAUGUAGCAACAGAGGGGUAAGUAGUAAAAAAAGAAGAAAAUAUGCCAUCCCUUGCAACCUGCUCAGGUUAAUGUUGAACCCACAACUGAUCUGUGGAAAGAGGCGAUAACCUCAGUGUUUGACAUGAUCACCCUUGGGUGUGGUGUAGAACAUGGGCUCCUUGCUGUGAAGUGCUUAGGUAGGUGGCUAGAGUGAUGGUGGGGAAAGGCAUCUGACCAUGGGUUAGAGCAUGGGUAGGCAAACUAAGGCCCCGGGGGCUGGAUCUGGCCCAAUUGCCCUCUCAAUCCAGCCCACGGAUGGUCCGGGAAUCAGUGUGUUUUUACAUGAGUAGAAUGUGUGCUUUUAUUUAAAAUGCAUCUCUGGGUUAUUUGUGGGGCAUAGGAAUUUGUUCAUUUUUGUCUUCAAAAUAUUGUCCGGCCCUCCACAAAGUCUGAGGGACGGUGGACAGGCCCUCUGCUGAAAAAGGUUUGCUGACCCCUGGGUUAGAGCCCAUUUUAAAGCCUAUUGUGUUGUGAUGAGGGUAGCAAAGGAGUUGUUUUCAGUACUGUUGCACGCAGAGUAUUGUUGGUAGAGUGUUUGUUGCAUUCUGGAACCCAGGACACCAAGGGGGAGCCCGUAGCAACUUCCUAUGAAGCAUUUGCAAAAAAAACACGUUGACAAGAACAUUCCUUUUACAACAGUGUUUUGUUUUGUUUUGUUUUUUUACAUCUGCUGGCUUUGCCAGUGGCAAACCUGCACUUGCCAUCCUUGUGGAAGUUCUUGUUUGAAUACAAUAUUAGCCAAGUAGGUUAUAUGUGCCAGUUGCUGCUUGACACCCUUUCUGUUUUCCAGGUGUGCAACAGCAAGAGAAACUGCCAUUGUUCCUAUGGAUGGGCCCCUCCUUUCUGCUCCGGCAGAGGGUUCGGUGGGAGCACUGACAGUGGGCCGCCUCCGAGUAAUGUGAGUAAGUAUCCAUUGGGUUUGGUACUUUGGCCUCUUCGCUUUCAAGGGGCUUUCCUAGAUCCAGUCACUAAAGGACAUUCUUGCCUGUGGUUCAGCUAUGGAACCCCCAGCUCUGCAGAUUAUUUCAGGAUAUGACAAAAGCUGGAAGUCGUGACUGCUUGUAGGUCUGAACAUAUGAAAUACUUUGUUCUUUCUCAUUUUUGCCUGCAGUGGCUACCAGUCUCCUCGCUGUGACGGGCACCCUGGCUGCGUUGCUGUUCCUUGCUCUGGGUUUUGUUGCCACACUUAAGAGAAUGCAAUUGGGGGCUUGGUAAGUAAAUGUUUCCUUCAUGAUAAGGCUGACUGUGACAGUGUUGUUAUAUCUCAAGACCAGAAAAGACAGCUGUUCGUUGUUUUGCUGCAAUGCUUGAACCAUAUUGAAGGGCUACUAACUUCUCUGUGGUUUUCAUCAAUAGGUUUGCUAGAGUGAUCUGGAAAAGAAUAGGAUCAGGAGAUACAGUAAGUUACUGAAAGCUCUUUUCUGGGAGGUCCAAAAAACCUACAAAUCCAGAUUCUUAUUACUGACCACAGAGGAGGAAGUCUGUGAAUGUCAAUGAUCCACCAAGAUUUCAAAUAUUUCUUUUAGAACGUUGUCAUGCGAAACAUAGAUCUUAAGGUCAAAUCUGUUUUCUUUCAAGCAUUCUAUAUCCGUUCCACCUACCUUUGCCAGACUUUAAUCUUUGGAAUAAAACAAAGUCCUGAUCCAGGUACCAUAAAGUGUGGCUUCACUGGGCUUCCUGUACCUCAUAUUGCAGAUUUAUGCUUCAUGAUUGAAAAAUAGUUAACAUCAUUGUUUCACUAUCAUCACAAUGAGAUAUAUGGCCUUUAAGGCUGCUCCCUUUAGACCCAAGUUACAGAAAGAUAAUUUUAACCUACCCUUAGGGAUGCUUGCAAAAUUUCUCUCAUCCAGAUUUCUUCCUGGAUUUUGGAGCUGAGAAUUAACUUACCAAACUGGAACCAACGCACUCAGAAUUCUCCAUUGUUCAGUUUUUAAUACUCCCCCCCCCCAAAUUAAGCACAGAGACCAUCUAUGUACUCAUGGUGGUCUGAAUUUCUCUCUGCAUUUUAACUGGACCCCAUUGAAAACAAAGAAGAAAUUUUAGCACACAAGCAAACCCAAAAGGAGCAAAACAGGGACAAAGCAAAACAAAUCAGGUUAAACACAUCUGGCUGUCCCUAACUUAAACAACUUUCCAACAGCUUAAGUCUGGCAUGGAUACCCUCUGGCCAAAUCAUUUCUCCCAGUGUAAUGCACAAACAUUCAAAACACUGAAGAGCAAGGAAGGACACGUUUGUCUUAAUUCCAUCUGCAGACUGGCUUGUUCACAUUCCAAACCACCUAUGUGCUAGAUCUUUAGUUCUUUUUAAACUGUCCAGUUUCUUUACACCAUCCUAUAGGUCAGGGGAGUCCAACAUGCGACCAAGGAUUUUUGGCAGCCCUUGGCAACAUUUGAUACACAACCCCAACAGUCCUUGUGCUGCCUUCCCAAAACCAGGUAAGCAAGGUGCUGAGCUUUGGGAAGGAGGUGUGAGCCUCUGACAGGAUCCUAGAGUCCUCCAUUUACCUUCCCAAAGCCUAAUAAUUUGAUAUCCCCGCUUUAUCACUACCCGAAGGUGUCUCAAAGCGGCUCAUGUUCUCCUUUCCCUUCCUCCUCCACAACAAACACUCUGUGAGGUGAGUGGGGCUGAAAGAUUUCAGAGAAGUGUGACUAGCCCGAGGUCACCCAGCAGCUGCAUGUGGAGGAGCGGAGACGCGAACCCGGUUCACCAGGUUAUGAGUCCACUGCUCUUAACCACUACACCACACUGGCUCUUUCCCAGCUUUGGGAAGAAGUGGGAGGGCUCUAGGACCUUGCCAGAGCCUUGCCCCAAAGCCUAGAACCUCAAUUAGCCAUUUUUGAGAAGGCAUCAUGAGGGCUCAGGAAGGGCUCAAAUUUUGGCCUUGUGCAGCCCACUUGGUAUGAAAGGUUGGACUGCCCUGCUGUAAGUCUCUCUCUCUCUCUCUCUCUCUCUCUCUCUCACACACACACACACACACACACACACACACACACUCUGAUGGGACUAGAAGCAGCGCCUCUUUAACAACGGAAAGCCUCUGAACUCAGCAGCAGUCACCUGCUCUUUCAAAUAGGAAACAAACACCUUUGUUUCCUGUACAAUGUUGCAGGGAGCAGCACUAAGUCAUCACAUAGUAACAUUCUUUCACCAUCCUUAAAAGAGAUUUUUAACUCAAUAGCAGCCAGCUGCUGAGUGCAGCAAGUUAUAUGGGGUGGGGAGACAGUGAUGAUUCAGCCAACCUGUCUAAUAGCGAGUACCCUCACAUCCCAAACUUUUUACAACCUUUGUGAGAGUUCUGUAAAAGUGGCAGAAAUUCUCCACCCACCUUCUCUGGAAAAUGCCCUAUAAAUUCACCUUAUCACUGUCCCAGCUGAGAGAUUUUGUGAGCCAAAUGGGAUAUAGUAGCCCUCAUUUCUUAUCUUUUAGGGAUCACAAGCAAGCCUCGGGUCAGAAUGUAGCAUGUCACUGAAAAGCCGAGAGUCGGACAUAACAACUGAAACUAGACUGUGCUGUUAGACAGAAGGAAAUAACAGGUGUUCCCAAGAGAGAUGUAUUGUGUCUCAUCAAUUUCCUCAGUGUUGUUUGGCCUGCUUGAAUCUUGUUGUUGAAUCUUUCUGUUUUUUGCCUUCCCACACUUCAAAUAAAAUGAGCUCUC